AUCAGACGAAGAAGGUCACAAAUACGGAACAUCGACAAGAAAUCAAAGAAUCGAAAAUUGGCGGUCGCAUUUCCGCAAAUCAUGCGCACAUUUUUGGAUAAACUUUUUCAAAGAUGAUGGAUCAAUUGAUCUCGAACAUCCGAUGCACAGGGAAUGUUUAUGGUUUUGUUUUAGCAGUAUUAUACAGGCAUCUCUAAAUAGAAUGAAGGAAUAUUGGAAUACACAUUAUAUUAGACCAUCACGUCAUGACACUAUUCCUGGGGUUCCUGACAUUUUAUUCUAUUUACCUGAACGUUCAAAUGGUGCAAAUUGUCUAAUUCCAGUAACCAACGAAAGAAUCACUGAGAUGAGAACGCAACACACAGAGAAUAUGGAGGAAGAUACAGACGAGGAAAAUCUUUACCAAGAAUAUUUCCAGUACAUUAUGGACAAUGAAGAGGUAGAAUAUCCUGAUAAUGCAGAUGAAGCAAUUCUGUUGUUUUCAUAUUUAAUAGAAAAAGCAGGAGAGGUGGACGGCUGA